AUGUCGGACAGUCGGAGAAUCCCCCGUGCUCCGCUCUCUGCUCAGGAUCGGCUGUGGGACCUGCUGGAUUCGGGCAUCCGCAUGUGGGGGAAGUCGGGGAAACAAGUCCAGACUCUCGUGGAUGCUCGCAACAUGUCGGCUGCCAAAUCUACUGCUGCCGUGCUGGUAGCUCUGUUGCCUUGUGCGCUCGCUCAGGCGAACACAAGCUACGUUGAUCACAAUGUGGAGGCGAAUCCUGAUCUCACCCCUCAGACGGUCGCUAAGAUUGACCUGUCCUUUUCCGACUGCGAGAAUGGACCGCUCAGCAAGACUCUAACCAUGGAGCAAGGCGGGAAACACCAACUUCUGUCGCCUCCCAAGCUCUCGAAUGGAAACUCGCAACAUCUACAACCUGAGCUCUCAAAGUCACCCGGGUCCUCCAAGUUCCCUAGUCCGUUGAGUCCGCCGCCUCGUUGGCCUGCUCGCCAGUUCGCCAGAUGUGUUUCGAGAUCCCCAGUCACCCCCGAAGCUUGUCGGGCGAUUCUGUCAUCUUUCGAAUUUGAGAAGUCAUACGACGAACAGUCGGAGAUGGCUAUACUCAAGCUGGAGAAGUGGUUGGGAUAUGAACGCUGGCCGUGGCUUGAUGAUUUUGAUCGGCGGAGAACUAUCUGUGACAAAGUCUCAUUGAUCCUGGACAAAUUCCUCUGGUCUCAUCGGUUUGUUUUCUAUUCCUACCCUAUCGUUGCACAAGUCCUUUACUGA